GAGGCGCACGUUGCGAGAACGCUUGACGUCUCUACAUGUACUUGUUUACCGUGUAUGCUGGACAUUAGGGUUAGUACGGAUGUCCGCGAAGCACUCUGUGUGCGGGCGUUGUUCGCGAAUUUUGCCAGAAAACGGGCCAACGAGUUCAGUGACAGAGAUGCAAUAGCGUCUAAGGAUAUUGUUAUUUACUGGCGAAAAGGACAAAUCGCCAGUCAACGUUCGGAUUUGCAGCCGUUUGUAACGGAGAAGUAAGUAAAUAUGCUGAAAGGAUUACUUUUCGCUCCUUUCCCUCUGGUUCGCCUCCGCGUCGCUGGGACACAGCAUAUUCUCCAAGACAAAGGUUGUCGAGGACAGCGACAAAAAUGUCUCGCAGUUAAUAACAUCCCUCGGUUAUCCCGUGCAAGAGUUCACUGUGACGACCAAAGACUCGUACGACAUCAUGAUACAAAGGAUACCUCAUGGACGCAUACGAAUACCCGCACCGUGGCACAGAAAACCCGUGGCCUUCCUGAUGACCGCACUUGCGUGCAGCAGCGCAGACUUCGUCGUAAACAUGCCUGAUCAGAGCCUGGCCUUCAUCCUAGCAGACCACGGCUUCGACGUGUGGUUGGGCAACGUGAGAGGCAACUUCUAUUCAAAACACGUCCGCCUCAAAAAGCGGCAGAGAAAGUUCUGGGAUUUCAGCUUCGACGAAAUGAUCAAGUAUGAUCUGCCGUCACAAAUAGACACGAUCCUGCACGAGACGAAGCAGAAUUCGCUUCUCUACGUCGGAUGGUCUCAAGGCUCUCUGAUCAUGUUCGGCUUGCUGGCGGCACAGCCGCGCUACAACCAGAAGGUUCGCCUUUUCAACGCAAUGGGGCCUGUAGCCUUCCUGGGCCACAUAAAGUCUAACAUCAAGCAUGCGGUUCCCUUCUGUAGGGGGGUUCUUGUCGAGAGUUUAUCAGGGGACAUUGAACGGCGCUUUCAUGGAGAGGACCAUAGUGUUCACCAACAAAUUGGCGAAGAAAGUUUGUAAGAGCCAUUGGCAGGGCUUAACUUGCAAAUCAUCUUUCAAGCUCUUCAAUGGAGGGUACCCCAUAGAAAUGAAUAU